GUGCUCUUACAGAGUGUUACGAUGAACUGGGCAACCGGUACCAGCUUCCCGUCUACUGCCUCGCCCCACCUAUCAACAUGAUAGAGGAGAAGGGCGACCUGGAGACUCUGGAUAUUCCUGAUCCCCCACCCAAUUCAGGGCAUGAAUGCCAGCUUCGUUUGCGCCUGUCCACAGGCAAAGACCUCAAACUCAUGGUCCGCAGCAUGGACACGGUGUACCACAUGAAGAGGCGGCUGCACGCCGUGGAGGGAGUGGAGCCGGGCAGCCAGCGCUGGUUCUUCUCAGGCAGGCCGCUGGCAGACAAAAUGAAACUGGAGGAGCUGAAAAUCCCAAAGGACUACGUGGUGCAAGUUAUUGUGAGCCAGCCCAUAGCAAAUCCCACUCCGGUGGAAAACUGAUUUCUGCUUGUUUAUUGAUUCUUCUUUCCUCCGUCUGUCAUGGGGUUUGUUCUCACUGCCCUCUCUUCUUUUGGUUUGUCCUUCUAAUGGAUUGGUUCCAAGAAAUGACCAGCAAAAAUUCCAUCUGUGAUGGAGAUCUGCAAAAACAAAACAUAAAAAUGUAAACUGGCCUUUGGGGUUUGCCUGAUCUCAUACUUAACAGAACAGCAAGCAGCACAGGGCAAGGGCAGAGGAAGGAGCGGGAAGGGGACGGGAAAAGAGAGGAGGUACAAAGAGGGAGGGAAGAGGUGGUCGUUCACUUAAACAAUACAAAUACGCAAUGAUUCUUAAAACUGUAGGUGGUGUCCUGAUCCAUGGAGCCAGAGCAAG